AUGGUGAUUAUUCUAUUUGCGCUGCAGCUGAAGAUCGAGGAGCUCCGUCAGAGAGACACUCCAGAUGAGCUGGAGUUGGAGCUGGACACUAAAGAUGACCUCAUCAGACAGCUGCAGACUGAAUUGGACCAACACCAUAAAGCUCCACAAUACCCAGGGACCACUGGGAGCACUGAGAACACAGGUAAGAGAUAUCCGUACCAAACUAGUCAUGAAGUGCAUUUGGAAAAUCUGGACUCUUCCAGGGGUUUAUUUGAUGAUGGCACAACAAGAUUUUAUACAGGCUGUAUUGUAGAGGCCUUGUCCUUCCUCCAUGUUAGAGGGAUCAUCUACAGAGACCUCAAACCUGAAAACAUCCUACUGGACCACAGAGGAUAUGCUAAACUGGUCGACUUUGGCUUUGCUAAGAAAGUGGGUCUUGGUCAAAAGACGUGGACAUUCUGUGGCACUCCAGAGUACGUGGCCCCAGAAAUCAUUCUGAACAAGGGACAUGAUGUUUCGGUUGACUGCUGGUCCCUGGGGAUACUCAUCUACGAACUGCUCAGCGGCAGUCCUCCGUUCUCCGGUUCUGAUACUAUGAAGACCUAUAACAUCAUCCUGAGAGGAAUCGACAUGGUGGAGUUCCCCAAGAAGAUCUCCAAGAGUGCUGCCAACCUCAUCAAACACAUACACACGAGCAUAGAGACUACCAAUAGGACUGCAUGGACUAGAAAUAGCUAUAUUUUCUGAUAUAAAGUUGAAUUCUUUAGCUACCAUCUAGGCAUGAUUCUCACUAGAGCAGUUGAAGCAACAGGUCUGAUUUCGCCUCAGUUCUAUGCCUAAGAGUCAGUAAUUUACUUUUCAGGCCUUCACUUGAAAUGGAAUCCUAUUGGCCACAUAGGGCUCUGGAUAAAGGCAGUGCAGUUUAUAGGGAAUUGGGUGCCAUUUCGGACACAGCCCAGGUCGUCUUGAUACUACAAGGAGAGGUUGUGAUUGUUUGGUUCUGGGUGUGACUGCUUCCUGUUUGUCUCCAGGUGGUUUGAAGGUUUUAACUGGGAGGGACUCCGACAGGCAACUCUGGCCCCUCCC